AUGAAUUAUAUUGAUUAAGGUUCUGCACUGUCUAGAAAAGUGCCUAAUAGAAAAUUAUCAAAAAAGAAUUCUUUAUUUUAUUAGUAAUCGGUAUUGGAGAAUGAAGAGUUUCUGCAAAAGUACGAGAAGAAUGUUGAUUAAUUGCAGACUGUAAUUGAAGAGCCUGAAUUGAAAGAAGUAAUACAGAGCAGAAAUGAGAAGUUCUUUUAGCUUUUAGAAUAGAUCAUUAAGGUUGAAUCAUCAAUCAAGGACUUUGCUAAAGGAUAUCAAAAGUUUGGGUUUAUCGUGUCAGACAAUGGAAUCACUUAUAGAGAAUGGGCUCCAAAUGCUCAAGAGUUGAAAUUGAAUGAGUACAGCUGUACAACAGACAACGGUGGCAACUGGGAAGUUUUUAUACCAAAGGAUGACGACGACAAUCAUUAAAUAGUGCAUGGAAGCACAUUAACUACAUAUUGCAAUGAUUUAUAGAGAGCAUCAGUUUGGACUUAAGUAAAAAACGGAGAAUAAGCUAUAUUUUGGAAUCCUGAAAACAAAUACGAAUUCCAAUAAAACUAAUUAUAAUAAAAGCAAUAAAGUAGAGGAUUGAAAAUAAUCAAACAAAACAUCAAUGAACUCCAGAACAUCCCUGGAUUCAAUGCAAUAUUGAUAACCCAACAAGUCUUGAUGACUGUCGAUACACACUAAAUCAAUCCUGACGAAUUGAAAAAGACCAUUGAAAAUCUCCAUCAAUAAGGACUUUCAAUUCUCAUGGAUAUAGAUCAUUAACUUAUAUCUUAGCAUCUAAAGAGUUGGGAUGGAAGUGAAUACUAAUAUCAUAGAGAAGGCACAGAUUCCUUAGAUUAUGGAAAAUGGGAGGUGUUGAGAUUGCUACUCUCGAAUCUGUCCUUCUGGAUCUCAGAGUAUUAGAUAGAUGGAUUCAAGUUUUCAAAUAUUGAUAUAACCGAUAACAUCGAUAUUGCUGUCUAUUUAAUGUUGGCUAAUGAUUUGAUACAUGACAUCUUGCCAAAUGGAAUCAGUAUCAUUCAAAAUUUUGAUUAUCCUGCCUUAUGUAGAACCAUUAAGGAGGGCGGAUUAGGAUUUGAUUAUAAACUCUCCUAAUUGCAAUCAAAGUAAUACUUGCCCAAAACAUUAUUCCACAUUAAUGCAGAUGCAACUCAAUCUCAAUAACUGAAUGCUUUGGUCUUAGGAUAAGGAGUGAUUUCAGAUAUUAGAGAUUCCCAUUUGUUAUAAGUGGAGUCCUAGCUUGGAUGGCUGGAAAACGAAUUUGCUGAAGUGAAUGACAUUGAUUUCGUAAUUGAAGUCAAGAGAUCAAAAUACACCUUUUUGUUAAAUCCUACUGAUUAAAAUAGAGUAAUUAAAUUGAAUUACAAAAUUAACAAAGUCCUAAAUAAUGAAGGAUAAUAAUGGGUGCAAAUCGAUGAAAACUCUACAGAAAUAUCAAUUCAAUCAGGAUAGGCAUUGAUCAUUGAAUGA